UACAAACUAGAACGGUGUCGUUGCACGCUUCGGAGGUAUAUAAAAUGGUGAACCCUAGCUAGCAGGUUCUUCUCUUUCAGCUGUUCACUGCGCUCACUUCUUCCCUCGACAACAGCGCAGCAGCCGCCGAAGAACCCUAAUCGCCGCCGAUCUUACGCCAUGGCCGUCGGGAAGAACAAGCGGAUCUCCAAGGGAAAGAAGGGAGGCAAGAAGAAGGCAACCGAUCCCUUCGCCAAGAAGGAUUGGUACGAUAUCAAGUCACCAUCCAUUUUCGAGGUCAGGAACAUAGGCAAGACCCUCGUCAGCAGAACCCAGGGAACUAAGAUUGCCUCCGAAGGCCUGAAGCAUAGAGUUUUCGAAGUCUCUCUUGCUGACCUUCAGAAAGAUGAGGAUAAUGCCUACCGAAAGAUCCGCCUUAGGGCAGAGGACGUGCAAGGAAAGAAUGUCCUCACCAAUUUCUGGGGAAUGGACUUCACAACAGACAAGCUCCGCUCCCUUGUCCGCAAGUGGCAGACAUUGAUCGAAGCCCAUGUCGAUGUCAAGACAACUGAUAACUACACCUUGAGGAUGUUCUGCAUUGCCUUCACAAAGAGGCGUCCCAAUCAGGUGAAGAGGACUUGCUAUGCCCAAUCGAGUCAGAUCCGCCAGAUUCGCAGGAAGAUGAGGGAGAUCAUGAUCAACCAAGCACAGUCCUGUGAUUUGAAGGAUCUAGUGAAGAAGUUCAUCCCCGAAAGCAUUGGGAAAGAAAUUGAGAAGGCCACCGUUGGAAUCUAUCCUCUCCAGAAUGUUUUCAUCCGAAAGGUCAAGAUCCUCAAGGCUCCCAAAUUUGACAUUGGAAAGCUGAUGGAGGUAAAUGCAUCAGGGCCUACCUUGUUAUUCAAUCCAUCUGUAUUUUGCUCUUUUGUUAGGUUAAUGGUGAUUACUCUACUGAAAGCUCUACCCGUGUAUUUGAUUUUGAUUGGUUGAAGGUCCAUGGUGAUUACUCGACCGAGGAUGUUGGUGUGAAGGUGGAGAGGCCUGCUGAUGAGCCGAUGGCGGAAGCAGCAGCUGAGACCGAAGUUGUUGGAGCUUGAUCACAACUCAGAAGACUAGCUAUCUGUAGUCCAGAUUGUGACAAAUCGUUUGAGCUGUCUUUACAGUAGAGUAUUGGAUCCAAGUUUUGAUGGGAUUUAGUUAUUGUGGCAACGUGUGCUGAACUGUAGAGGUUUAUUAUCUAUCGGGAUAGUAUGUGAGAUCCAUCAGCGACUUGCGCUUUUCUCAAGUUUUACAUUAAACAUAGCCACUUGGUUUUAAGUGAUGGUCAAAUCUUAUCUUAUUAUUAGUGAUAAAACCUUGCGAUAGUCUCCCAUAUAUUUCGUUGGAAGUUUAACUGUCGUAGAUUCUGUCAGAAUCAGUUGCAUUUUAUCACUGAAAGAUGUGGAC